UCGCUGAAAUAUGACGUCACGGCAAUGGUUACCGUAGUUUAUCAUGGAGGAGUAUGCCCGUGAACCUUGUCCAUGGAGGAUAGUAGAUGACUGCGGGGGUGCAUUCACAAUGGGAGCCAUCGGUGGCGGGAUUUUUCAGUCUGUCAAAGGCUUCCGAAAUGCACCCGUGGGUGCACGACAUCGGCUGAAAGGCAGCGCGAAUGCCGUGCGCAUCAGAGCUCCACAGAUCGGAGGUAGUUUUGCAGUGUGGGGAGGUCUCUUCUCCACUAUAGACUGUGGCCUGGUGCGGCUCAGGGGGAAAGAGGACCCGUGGAACUCCAUCACCAGCGGAGCCAUGACAGGAGCCAUACUGGCCUCGCGUAGUGGACCCUUGGCUAUGGUGGGCUCUGCCAUGAUGGGGGGGAUUCUACUGGCCCUGAUUGAAGGCGUCGGCAUUUUACUCACCAGAUACACAGCACAACAAUUCCAGAACCCAAGUCCAUUUCUGGAGGAUCCUAGUCAACUUCCGCCGAAAGAUGGAGUCCAUGGGCAGGGAAGUCAUGGCUAUGGACAGUUUCAGUAGAACUAUUUUGACUGUGACACUACAGACUUGGAAGGAAAAAGAAAACACUUUACAUCCUGAGGUUUCCAUUAGAGCUUUGGCAGAUUUGUUUCCUACCUAAAGUCGGUAUAUAUGGUAAUCACUCAGGGUCAUUUUGCCAUACACUUUAGUAUUUGUAAAGUGAACAGGGAAGUUGUAUUAUUAUUAUUAUUAGUAGUAGUAGUAGUAGUAGUAGUAACUCUACCUGUUCAACACUACCCACAUUGACCCCAUAUAGAGGUGAGAAAAAUACGUUUAUUAUUAUUAUUAUUAUUAUUAUUAUUAUUAUUAUUAUUAUUUGACACAAUCUCAUAUUUGAAACCAGUUCACGAUUACAGUCAUAGUUUAGGUAUGAAACUAGAUUCUAUCCAAGUUUUCACCUUGCUUGCUUUCUCUUUUUUGCAUGUACAGUAUAUGAACUGCAACCUUCAGUAUUUUAUUAAAAACUGAAACAUGGAACAGCCUUAAAAAUAGUUGAGUAGUUAUCACUUGGAAAAUAUGAAUUGCUUGUACUGAAAAAAAAAUCGGAAUUAGUUUUGUCAUUCAUAGUUGCAAAUGGUUUCUAUUUUGUCACAAGAAACUCCUCCGACUUUACACUUUUUACCUUUUUUCCUGCUUGCUUUAUUAGAGGAAUUCGGUUUAUUAUUUAUUUAUGGAAUCCAACAAGAAGAGGAAUGUGAAUAUAUUUUGUGGUUAAUUCGAUGUGUCUUUUCUUUAAGGUGAUAACUCGGAUGGUAAUAAAUAUUCUGGUCAUUUAAAUGAAUGUUUAAACAAAAA